AUGCGCCGCGCGGAGGCGAUUAAGCACAACAACCGCGUGAACGUGUACGUGCGCGUGCGCGCGUUCCGCGAAGACGAGACGAGCGGGGACAUGGGUCAGCUGGCGGUGAACAUGGACGACAGCGCUGUGGAGGUGACGGUGCCGAAGAAGGGCCGCUUCACGUUUGGGUUCGACGGCUGCUUCUGGAGCAACGACCGUGCAUGCCCGUCUGGGAAGGCGUCGGCGUCGCAGGAGGACGUGUUCGACGAGGUCGGGCGGCCGCUUGUGGAGAACGCGCUGGCGGGGUACAACGCUGCUGUGAUGGCGUACGGGCAGACGGGGAGCGGGAAGACGUACACGUCGUUCGGGCCGCCGGGGUCGAUCGGGACGUCGCAGGAGGGCCUGAUUCCGCGCGUAUGCAACAUGAUCUUCUCGCGCGCGGCAAACAGCGCGCAGAAGGGCGUGACGUACACGGUGUCUGUGUCGAUGCUGGAGGUGUACCUGGAGGACGUGUUUGACCUGCUGAACCACCGCAAGCAGCUGAGUGUGCGGAACGACUUCACGAGCAACACGUUCAGCGUUGUUGGGCAGAAGACGGUGCCCGUGAACAGCUACAUGGACGUGCUUGCGGUGCUGAACAAGGCCGAGCCGCUGCGGACGUUCGCGGCGACGAGCAUCCACGACCACUCAUCGCGCGCGCACACGCUAUUCAUGCUGGAGGUGCAGACGCACUUCGACGCGCCGGAUCUUGCACCGCGGUGCGCGAAGAUCCUGCUUGCGGAUCUCGCAGGGAGCGAGCGGAUCCGGCUUGCGGGAACGGAGGAGGGGCUUGCGUUCGAGCAGGCGCGCAACAUCAACCUGUCGCUGCUGGCGCUGGGGUCGUGCAUCGAGGCGGUUGCGACGCGUGGGCGGGGCAACUCGCGGCCGAUCCCGGAGUUUCGCAACAGCACGCUGACGAAGCUGCUGAAGGACUACAUUGGCGGGAACAGCAUCUCGACGAUGAUGGUGACGAUCUCGCCGAGCGAGCGCGACGCGAACCUGUCUGUGCAGACGCUGCGGUUUGCUGACCGCGCGAAGCAGAUCACGACGCACGCGCACGUGAACACGGUGGACCCGCAGCAGGCGAAGCAGGACGGGAGCGAGCUGGGCGACCGGUGGCGCGACGAGUACCUGCGGAAGAAGGAGGCGCUGUACGCGGAGUACCAACUGAAGGGGACCAUCGAGAAGCUGCUUGCGCGGAUCGCGGAACUGGAGGCGAGGCUGCGUGAGUGCGCGGACGACGAGCUUGCGCUGCACCUGACGACGGAGAUCGAGGAGCUGCAGAAGGCGCUGACGGAGGCGGACUACCAGAUGGGGCUGCAGCGGCAGAUCCUGUACGGCGAGUUCCUGAUGCUGGAGGACGAGCUGCGCGAGCUGAAUACGAAGAUGCAGGAGAUGAAGGAGGAGCACGAGGAGGCGAUGGAGGGGCUUCUUGGCGAGGAGGCCGGGCGGUUCGAGGAGAUGAAGCGCGGGUACGAGGCGCGGCUGCGCGCGCUCCAGAGCGAGAGCGACGCUGCGCUUGCUGCGUCCACGGACGAGAUCGCUGCGCUGCGGCGCCUGGUGGCGGAGCUGCAGGAGCGCCUCGCGGCGAAGGAGACGGAGUGCGCAGACCUUGCGGACCGGCUGAGUGCGCUACAGGCGAAGUACGACGCUGACACUUGCGCCGGCGAGCGCGCGCGCAUUGAACUGGAAGCGCAGCUGGAGGAGUCGGAUAAGCAACUGGGCGAGCUGACGGAGCGCCAGGCCCGGCUGAACGCGGCAAUGGAGAGCACCGCGGAGACGCUGCAGGAGACGUCCGCGAAGCUGGCCGACACCGAGGAGACGCUGCAGGAGACGUCCGCGAAGCUGGCCGACACCGAGGAGACGCUGCAGGAGACGUCCGCGAAGCUGGCCGACACCGAGGAGACGCUGCAGGAGACGUCCGCGAAGCUGGCCGACACCGAGGAGACGCUGCAGGAGACGUCCGCGAAGCUCGCUGACACCGAGGAGACGCUGCAGGAGACAUCCGCGAAGCUCGCCGACACCGAGGAGACGCUGCAGGAGACAUCCGCGAAGCUGGCCGACACCGAGGAGACGCUGCAGGAGACGUCCGUGAAGCUCGCUGACACCGAGGAGACGCUGCAGGAGACGUCCGCGAAGCUCGCCGACACCGAGGAGACGCUGCAGGAGACGUCCGCGAAGCUCGCCGACACCGAGGAGACGCUGCAGGAGACGUCCGCGAAGCUGGCCGACACCGAGGAGACGCUGCAGGAGACGUCCGCGAAGCUCGCCGACACCGAGGAGACGCUGCAGGAGACGUCCGCGAAGCUCGCUGACACCGAGGAGACGCUGCAGGAGACAUCCGCGAAGCUCGCCGACACCGAGCAGACGCUGCAGGAGACGUCCGCGAAGCUGGCCGACACCGAGGAGACGCUGCAGGAGACGUCCGCGAAGCUCGCUGACACCGAGGAGACGCUGCAGGAGACGUCCGCGAAGCUGGCCGACACCGAGGAGACGCUGCAGGAGACGUCCGCGAAGCUGGCCGACACCGAGGAGACGCUGCAGGAGACAUCCGCGAAGCUCGCCGACACCGAGGAGACGCUGCAGGAGACGUCCACGAAGCUCGCUGACACCGAGCAGACGCUGCAGGAGACAUCCGCGAAGCUCGCCGACACCGAGGAGACGCUGCAGGAGACGUCCGCGAAGCUGGCCGACACCGAGGAGACGCUGCAGGAGACGUCCGCGAAGCUGGCCGACACCGAGGAGACGCUGCAGGAGACGUCCGCGAAGCUGGCCGACACCGAGGAGACGCUGCAGGAGACGUCCGCGAAGCUGGCCGACACCGAGGAGACGCUGCAGGAGACGUCCGCGAAGCUCGCUGACACCGAGGAGACGCUGCAGGAGACAUCCGCGAAGCUCGCCGACACCGAGGAGACGCUGCAGGAGACAUCCGCGAAGCUCGCCGACACCGAGGAGACGCUGCAGGAGACGUCCGCGAAGCUCGCCGACACCGAGGAGACGCUGCAGGAGACGUCCGCGAAGCUGGCCGACACCGAGGAGACGCUGCAGGAGACGUCCGCGAAGCUGGCCGACACCGAGGAGACGCUGCAGGAGACGUCCGCGAAGCUCGCCGACACCGAGGAGACGCUGCAGGAGACGUCCGCGAAGCUGGCCGACACCGAGGAGACGCUGCAGGAGACGUCCGCGAAGCUGGCCGACACCGAGGAGACGCUGCAGGAGACGUCCGCGAAGCUGGCCGACACCGAGGAGACGCUGCAGGAGACGUCCGCGAAGCUGGCCGACACCGAGGAGACGCUGCAGGAGACGUCCGCGAAGCUCGCCGACACCGAGGAGACGCUGCAGGAGACGUCCGCGAAGCUCGCUGACACCGAGGAGACGCUGCAGGAGACGUCCGCGAAGCUGGCCGACACCGAGGAGACGCUGCAGGAGACGUCCGCGAAGCUGGCCGACACCGAGGAGACGCUGCAGGAGACGUCCGCGAAGCUCGCUGACACCGAGGAGACGCUGCAGGAGACGUCCGCGAAGCUGGCCGACACCGAGGAGACGCUGCAGGAGACGUCCGCGAAGCUGGCCGACACCGAGGAGACGCUGCAGGAGACGUCCGCGAAGCUCGCCGACACCGAGGAGACGCUGCAGGAGACGUCCGUGAAGCUCGCUGACACCGAGGAGACGCUGCAGGAGACGUCCGUGAAGCUCGCUGACACCGAGGAGACGCUGCAGGAGACAUCCGCGAAGCUGGCCGACACCGAGGAGACGCUGCAGGAGACGUCCGCGAAGCUCGCUGACACCGAGGAGACGCUGCAGGAGACGUCCGCGAAGCUCGCUGACACCGAGGAGACGCUGCAGGAGACAUCCGCGAAGCUCGCUGACACCGAGGAGACGCUGCAGGAGACAUCCGCGAAGCUGGCCGACACCGAGGAGACGCUGCAGGAGACGUCCGUGAAGCUCGCUGACACCGAGGAGACGCUGCAGGAGACAUCCGCGAAGCUGGCCGACACCGAGGAGACGCUGCAGGAGACAUCCGCGAAGCUGGCCGACACCGAGGAGACGCUGCAGGAGACGUCCGUGAAGCUCGCUGACACCGAGGAGACGCUGCAGGAGACAUCCGCGAAGCUGGCCGACACCGAGGAGACGCUGCAGGAGACGUCCGCGAAGCUCGCUGACACCGAGGAGACGCUGCAGGAGACGUCCGCGAAGCUCGCUGACACCGAGGAGACGCUGCAGGAGACAUCCGCGAAGCUCGCUGACACCGAGGAGACGCUGCAGGAGACGUCCGCGAAGCUCGCUGACACCGAGGAGACGCUGCAGGAGACGUCCGCGAAGCUGGCCGACACCGAGGAGACGCUGCAGGAGACGUCCGCGAAGCUGGCCGACACCGAGGAGACGCUGCAGGAGACGUCCGCGAAGCUCGCCGACACCGAGGAGACGCUGCAGGAGACAUCCGCGAAGCUGGCCGACACCGAGGAGACGCUGCAGGAGACGUCCGCGAAGCUCGCUGACACCGAGGAGACGCUGCAGGAGACGUCCGCGAAGCUGGCCGACACCGAGGAGACGCUGCAGGAGACGUCCGCGAAGCUGGCCGACACCGAGGAGACGCUGCAGGAGACGUCCGCGAAGCUCGCUGACACCGAGGAGACGCUGCAGGAGACGUCCGCGAAGCUCGCUGACACCGAGGAGACGCUGCAGGAGACGUCCGCGAAGCUCGCUGACACCGAGGAGACGCUGCAGGAGACGUCCGCGAAGCUCGCUGACACCGAGGAGACGCUGCAGGAGACGUCCGCGAAGCUCGCUGACACCGAGGAGACGCUGCAGGAGACAUCCGCGAAGCUCGCUGACACCGAGGAGACGCUGCAGGAGACAUCCGCGAAGCUCGCUGACACCGAGGAGACGCUGCAGGAGACAUCCGCGAAGCUCGCCGACACCGAGGAGACGCUGCAGGAGACGUCCGCGAAGCUCGCUGACACCGAGGAGACGCUGCAGGAGACGUCCGCGAAGCUCGCUGACACCGAGGAGACGCUGCAGGAGACAUCCGCGAAGCUCGCUGACACCGAGGAGACGCUGCAGGAGACAUCCGCGAAGCUCGCUGACACCGAGGAGACGCUGCAGGAGACAUCCGCGAAGCUCGCUGACACCGAGGAGACGCUGCAGGAGACGUCCGCGAAGCUCGCUGACACCGAGGAGACGCUGCAGGAGACAUCCGCGAAGCUCGCCGACACCGAGGAGACGCUGCAGGAGACAUCCGCGAAGCUCGCUGACACCGAGGAGACGCUGCAGGAGACAUCCGCGAAGCUCGCUGACACCGAGGAGACGCUGCAGGAGACGUCCGCGAAGCUCGCUGACACCGAGGAGACGCUGCAGGAGACAUCCGCGAAGCUCGCCGACACCGAGGAGACGCUGCAGGAGACGUCCGCGAAGCUCGCUGACACCGAGGAGACGCUGCAGGAGACGUCCGCGAAGCUCGCUGACACCGAGGAGACGCUGCAGGAGACAUCCGCGAAGCUCGCUGACACCGAGGAGACGCUGCAGGAGACGUCCGCGAAGCUCGCUGACACCGAGCAGACGCUGCAGGAGACGUCCGCGAAGCUCGCUGACACCGAGGAGACGCUGCAGGAGACAUCCGCGAAGCUCGCUGACACCGAGGAGACGCUGCAGGAGACAUCCGCGAAGCUCGCUGACACCGAGGAGACGCUGCAGGAGACGUCCGCGAAGCUCGCUGACACCGAGGAGACGCUGCAGGAGACAUCCGCGAAGCUCGCCGACACCGAGGAGACGCUGCAGGAGACGUCCGCGAAGCUCGCUGACACCGAGGAGACGCUGCAGGAGACAUCCGCGAAGCUCGCUGACACCGAGGAGACGCUGCAGGAGACAUCCGCGAAGCUCGCCGACACCGAGGAGACGCUGCAGGAGACAUCCGCGAAGCUCGCUGACACCGAGGAGACGCUGCAGGAGACGUCCGCGAAGCUCGCUGACACCGAGGAGACGCUGCAGGAGACAUCCGCGAAGCUCGCCGACACCGAGGAGACGCUGCAGGAGACAUCCGCGAAGCUCGCUGACACCGAGGAGACGCUGCAGGAGACGUCCGCGAAGCUCGCUGACACCGAGGAGACGCUGCAGGAGACAUCCGCGAAGCUCGCCGACACCGAGGAGACGCUGCAGGAGACAUCCGCGAAGCUCGCUGACACCGAGGAGACGCUGCAGGAGACGUCCGCGAAGCUCGCUGACACCGAGGAGACGCUGCAGGAGACAUCCGCGAAGCUCGCUGACACCGAGGAGACGCUUUCAGCGGAGAUCGCGUUGUUGACGGAGCAGCUUGGUGUGGCGCACACUUUAUGUGAGCAGCAGGGCGCGUACAUGAACCAGCUGCUGACGUACGUGAGCGCAGCAUACAACGUGACUCUGGAUGGGAUGACGGAGGUGCAGGCGACAGCUGUGGCUGAUAUCCUGAGGCAGUGCGACUAUGCACUUCGCUCUGUGGCGCAGGCUGCCAGUGACGAGGUGGAGCACGUAAAGGAGAUGUACAAUAUGGUCGACGGCAACUACAAGGAGACGGCAGCGCGCUUCGAUAUACUGCGCCGCAUUCUGGGAAAGAUCGAUCAGGAUGUCAAGGAGGCGAGCGUGGAGAUCGACGCACCGGAGCGGCGGCAGACCUGCUCUUUACACCCGACGCCGCGGCGCUUGGGCGACGUCUCGAACCGCGAGAACAGCAUCGAGAACAAGACCCGCUCCGCAUCUCGGCUGUCUGGACGGCUAUUUUAG